AUGGUUCGAAAAGUUUCAACGAAAAUGAAUAUGUCUUUCGCGAAAUAUUUAAUUUAUAUUUCAUUAUUAAGUGCUCGAUUUUCACGUAAUGGUUAUUGUUGGCUUGUCUCAGGACAAACAGCUUAUGUUUGGCUUGCUUCUAGUUCAAAUCGUAUAACUGAUGCUGUUAUUCAUCAAGAACUAAAAUUACCUGAAUGUGCUCUUGGACAACAAGCAAAUUUAAUGGAAUUAUUUUCAAUGAAUGCUGAUGAUGGUGAUUGUUGUUCAUGUUUAGUUAUAACAUGUGAUGGUUAUGCUCGUUAUUGGCGAACUAUUGUACGACCAAAUGAUUUUUAUGAUGUUAAACUUGAAUUUGAUCAAAUCGAACUUUUAUGUCAUUUUAAAGAUGAUAUUUGUGUUUGUGGUUCUUAUUCAGGCAGAUUAUUUACAAUUCCAUGUAAUGCAUUAUGUAAUAAGGCUUAUAUUCGUCCAUCAUCAUCUUCAUCAUUACUUUCUUCGAUUGGUUUUGGCUUAAAAUCCAUGUUGUUCGGUACAAGUCGUCAAAUGAAAGAUAAUGAAAUUCUUCGUUGUCUUCAUUCAUUAAAAAACGAUACAUCAACACAAACAACAAUAACAAUGAAUGUUGAUUUAGUAUCAUUAACAGAUAAACAUUUAUAUUUUUGGUAUUUAGCAGAAAGUGAUAUUCAACUGGUACACUCAAUUGAUCUUCAAGAAAUAUUUGCUAAUGAAGCAAUGAAAGAUCAAAAAUCAAAUGAAAAUCAUCGAAAUAUUUCAUGCAUUUCAUUAAGUGUAACACAAGAAACAAUUUAUGUUCUUGCUAUUCAUCACAGUACACAAGAUUAUCGUUUGAUGUUAGGUGUAUUUUCAUUAAAUCAUUCGGGUGUUCAACUUGUUUCAUUUAUUUUUCUUACUAAUCAUCUUAAUAUUCGUUUGGACGAAAUUAUUGUUAAACCACGUGUACGGAUAUUUGCUGUACCAAAUCAACCAGCAAUAUUAGUUCAUUCUAAAAAAGAUGCUUUUAUUUAUACAGGUCCUGAUUAUUCAGUAGUUCUUCGUGCUAAUUUUUCGAAUUUAAAUGAAACAAUAUUAGGCAGUGGGUUAUGUGCACAACGUUUACUUAUAUUUUGUCAUGUACAAGGUUUAAUAACACCUCGAGCUCAAGAUUUAAUGACAACUUUACUUUCAAAAACAGCAGACAAUGAUCCAUAUCAACCAAUGAUUAAUUCAUUUCAUGCAUUUCUUAUUCGAAAUGACCCAGGUGGUGCUGUUGAAUUAUUUCGACGUUUUUUUAAUACAAUUGAUAAAAGUCAAUUAGAUGAUAUUAUUGUACAAUUUGGCAUGUUUAUUAUUGAUGAUCCAUCUUUACAAGAUACAAAUGAUUUAACAAGACAAUUAGCAAAAAAAACUGAUAUUUAUAAUUAUUAUUUUUCAUUUCUUAAAUUGAUUAAUGUCUGGAAUAAACUUCAUGUUGCACAUUUUAAUAAUGGAAUUUAUCAUACAAAACAAAUUUUACAACAAUUUGGUGAGAAAUUACAAUGUGCUAAAGCUUUUGCUCAAACAAGCCAACAAUCGCUUUAUUUACAAGCGGCAUUUCGUUCAACAUCUCGACAUAAUCAAAUUUCUCAUAUAUCUGAAGUAAUAACAACAGUUAUCGUUGGUGUUAUUGAAGCAAGUCGUACAAUUGAAAUUCAAUCUUAUGAAGAAGCAACACGUUUAUUAUUAAUUGCAUUUGAUAGUAUACAAAAAUAUCGUCAAGAACAUGAACAAGAAUCAGCUAUAUCAUCAAAUCCAAUUGAUGAUGAAGAUUUUACCCAAUCAAUUACUUGUCAACCGUGGAUUUUAUAUGAACAUAAUCUUAAUGAUUUAUAUAUUCUUCAUUGCACUCAACAUUUUGAACAAGCAUUAGAAUUGUGUGAAUCACGUGAAGUACGUGAACGUUUAUUAACAAUGAUAUCUCGUCUUGUUUAUUAUGUUCUUGAUGAAUAUCGACUUUAUAUAUGUGAUCUUUAUUCAGAUAAUGAAAUAAAUAAUGAUUCAGAACAAAGACCAUGGAUUAAUUAUAUACAAAAACGAAGUUUAUUAAUAAAAAUAUUUAUUAAAUUAAAAGAAUUUUCUAAAGGUAAACAAUUAGCUGAAGAAUUUGAAGAUUAUCAAUCAUUAAUUGAAAUAUGUGAUGAAUUAAAAGAUAUUGAACAAUUAAGAACUUAUAUUGAACAAUAUGGAGAUAAAUUUAUGAUAGUAUUUGAUGAAUAUUUGAGAUCAAAAUCAGCAUUAUCAGUUUUAUUUCAAAAAGAAUAUUUUGAUUUAAAAUCUGUUCAACGUUAUUUAAAAUCUAAACCAGAAUUUGCUUGGAUGGUUGAUAUCAAAAAUGAAGAUUAUGAACAUGCUUCCUUAUCAGCCUUACAACAAGUUGCUGGAACAAUUGGUAAACGUCAAACUCUUUUGGCUAUUAGUAAAUUUGCAUUAUUGGCAAGCAGUCAUAAUGAAAUACGAAAUGCUGAAGCUAUUAAAUUACGUUUACGUUUUAUUGAAAAUGAAGAAAAUCUUUGUCAACAAAGACUUGAUCUUUUAUCAAACCUUGAUGAAGGUGAACGAUUAAAACAACCACUUAUUAGUGCAAAAGAUAUGAUUAAGAAUUUAAUUUUAAAGAAAAAUACAUCACAAUCAUUGUUACAACGUUAUUGUAGUGCUUUGAAAAUACUUUCUCAAAUGGAGACUAAUCCAGAUUUUGAUCAACUUCGUUUAUUUAUAUUUGCUCAAGCAAUAAUAGUUGAUCCUCUUAAACCAAUAGGCAAUUCAGCAGAUCCAUUAUCAUGUAAUACUAAAACACUUCUUAGUCAAUUAUUUGAUUAUAUUAAAAGUGAAAAUCUUGAUAGAUAUAAUAUAAUUCCAUCACGUGAAAAACUUCAAUUAUCCAAUGAACUUAUUUCAUUUCAAAAUAAUCAUGAUUUUCAAGAAGCUCUUUCAGCAAUCUACUCAUCAUUAUUAACUAGAUAA